AAAACAAAAUCUCAGACUUAGCGCAAGUGACUGACAGUGACACUGAACAUCGGGAUAAAGAAACGUUGACUUAACUUCUUCCCACGAAACAAUUUCUCAAGAAGCACUAGUAACAUUAUUAUACAUAUCAAGCAUUAUGGCUGAUUCCCAACGAACCGUUAUGAUUCCUAUCGACAAAAGUGGAAACAGCAAAAGGCUUUUUGAAUGGUACUUCGAAAAAUUACGAAAGGACAACGACAGAGUAAUUUUGAUACACGUCUACAGUGUCCCGCUUAUGUCUACACCAACUGCCAGAUUUGGUUAUUCAGUAUCGUUAACAGAAUGGGAAGGUGUGGAGAAAUCUGUGGAUAAGGAAAUACUGCAAAGGAUAAGUGACUUUGAGGAGCUUUGUCGCACAAAUAAUCUACAGUUCAAGACAAUUUACAAAACUGGUGAACCAGGCGUUGUUAUUUGCGAAAACGCACAUCGAGAACAUGUGACCCUUAUUCUCAUGGGAACACGAGGUUUAGGCAAGCUUGCGCGGGCGAUUCUGGGAAGUGUGAGUAAAUAUGUGAUACUACAUAGUGAUUUGCCUGUUUUGGUUAUGCCACCAAGUACUGGAAGCAAGUAAUUUUACUGUGACUGAGUACGUUUUUCCAAAAGCCUGAGAAUAAAACACAAUAUUUCACGAUCUCAUGAAUAUAGAAAGAGAUAAGGAGUUACAAGUGUAGAUGGGGAAAGGGGGAUGUACCUGUAAGAAAAUAUUUAUGUGGAUUAUUUAUUCGUGUGUUAUGAACAGUUAAUGUAUAUAUUAGUGGAAUAAAUGGGUUUCGGUUUUAUCGUAGUACCAGCAGAACUGCAAUCUCUUUACUGAGUUAAUAUUACUGAUAUGCUUGGCUUUCGUUAAAUAUAAUCGGCUCAAAAAACAACCACACAAUUAUAUUCAUUUAAUAAAACUCACUAUUAAUUAUAC